UUCCUCUCUCCUCCCCCCUCCGUCCGGCCAACUCAGGAGGGAGCCCUUUACCCAACCGUACCGGCGGCGGCGGCGAACUUGCGCAGCGCAGGCGCCAAUGGCCGCUCCGGAGGCACCUACAUGCUACGUCGGGAUAGCGCGGCAGUCCGCCGCCUUCCGCCUCAUGAAACAGAUGGGAUGGGAAGAAGGUGAAGGCCUAGGCAAAGACAAGCAAGGCAUAAAAGGCCAUGUUAGAGUGAAACAAAAGCAGGACACACUAGGUGUCGGUGUAGACAGUCCUCACAACAAAUGGGCAUACGACACCACCCAAUUUGACGAUAUACUAAAGAAACUGAAAGUGCAAACUGCUGCUCCUGUUACAAAAGAAGUUGAGGAUGUAAACAGUUCGCCUGACAGUACGCCAAAGAAAGUUAAACCCAAGAAAGAUAAACCUGCCAAUGAUGAAGUCACUAAAGUUACCCGGCCACAAGGAAGAUACAAGAAAAGGGAAAGGGGGAAAAGUGUAAGUGGUUAUUCAGCAAUUGAUCUUCAGGGCAUACUUGUCCGCAAAAACGAAGACGAUUGCAAGGUGGAUCAGGAUGCUAAAUCUUCAUGUGUGGAAGAACCUGAUAUCACCAUCUGUCAGGAUGCAGUAUCCCAAGCUGCAGAUGUGAACUGGUGGGGGCACAAGUUCGGAUAUGUAUCAGGAGGCUUUCUAGGAGCAAAAUCUCGCAAGAAUAAAUCCUCUGAACGAAAAGAUAAUGUCCGCCAGAUGUUUGGGGAAGAAGAUCAAGAAAAUCUGUACAACCUUGUUCAGGACAAAGCUACUUCUGGAAAGCAGGGUCUUGGCAUCAAGGGCUUGCCAAUGAAGGUUGCCGGCCACCGUUGGAAAGGGAACAAAACUUCUCUUGGUGAUAGUGACGACGAAAUUUCAACCCAGUCGGAAUCGUCAGAAGUGGACGAUGAUGAAGUAAAUGAAAUAAAGGAAACAGUUAAAGAAGUUUGUGUGGAUGCUAAACCUAAAACCAAGUUCAAGAAACUUUGCAAAAAGAUCCUACGUCAGGCUCCAUCCCAAUCCAUGAAAUUAAAGGAUCUUAAGGAAGCUGUUGAAGCACAAUCAUCUAUAUUCUCCGACUUCUCGUGUAGACGCGAAGCUCUAUCAUUCUUGAAGAGGAAGCUCCAAGGAAACAAGAAAUUCAAUGUGGAGGGCAAAAGGGUGCAUCUUGUAUCAUGAAGUGUGAAGCCUAGAGUCAGCUAUGCGAUUAUUUAUUGAUUGUCGCCUCAGAUGAGUAUAGAUGUUUGUGGCACAUCCGCAAUGUAGAUGUAAGAAGUUGUAUCCUCGUAAAUGAGGGUAAAUUUUUGCAAAUCCUGGCAGCCGCAGAGGUGCUGGUCUAUCAUGUAUGCGCACACUCACUCUUGAGUACGUUUGCUUUUUUGUUCCUACUGCAAAACUCUGAAAGCGUGCGCUGAAACAUGUGUAUCGUACUAUUUUCUGUAGCUGAUACGUUUCUAGGAGACAUGACUCUCUUUGGAGCGCAUGGAACUGACUCCGGAGUUUGGUAA